UGCAUGAGAUUUUGGAAGAGCUUGCGCAAGAGAUCGAGCUCAGUGCAGUACUGGUGAUUGUUGUAUGCUGAGCUAUGAGACUUAGAGAGCGAGAGAGCGAGAGUUUUGAGGUUUCGGGGUUUGUAUCCCUCUGGGAACCUCAAUUAAGAGAUUGAGAGAGUUAGCCCCAGAGCUCGCAAGCAUUACGGCGGUUGGUCACCCUCCUCUGUGUUUGCAGAGUGUUACACAAUUGGAAUUUCUUGAAUCGUUGCAAAUGUAGAUCCGGCUCUCCUGGCCGGUGCAUUAUUUCGACAGUGAUACUUCUUUGCGAGUGUUUAGAGAUCUGCUGUGCCGAUAUGAAAACCAUGUGUGCGGGAAAUUGUCACAAUAGCCCUGUUCUGAUGAUCAAUCGAGCUCACUUCUGUUGGCGGAAGCUGCCUUUCGUCACCAGUCAUGCACUGCUUUCAACCUCACCUAUAAUUGACGGAAAUAGGAAUGAUGCUUGCCGAAGCCGUGCUUAAAAUAUCCAUUAAAAAAUGAGCUCCUCGUCAGAUUUUGCAGCUUUGUUCAUUCCAUGGGCUUGAUUGUAGCACCACUUAAUACAGGUUUUGAAGGAAGUCGAGCGAUAUCUUGGUGAGGUUAUCAAGAGAUUUUCGAGGCUUGCGGUGCAGUGAAAUAGUAUCUUAAGUUUUUCGAAACUACUGUUGAUUGAGCUCAGAGUGCCAAUUUCACCGCUUCUAGUAUGCAAUGGGAAGCCUACGAUGAUUCCAAAGCAGUCUUACUUCGUUCUAAAGCGAUAGAAUGCAGCCAUAGAUACUUAUGAGAUUGGUUUCAAUGGAAUGAAUACUUUGGAUACCAGUCGAUUGUUGUAAGUCAUUACAAAAUCUAUUCGCGCACUAGUCGAUAUUAAUUAUCAUGCAGCGUUCAACCAGCGCGUCCAGCGACGUUUUGGUAUUGACGCACUUGAAAAUAUUAUCAUCUGCUGUCUAGUGCUGUGGGUUAGCUUCGUUUACGCACAACCAACAAAAUGGCAAGAAGGAAGCGCACACCGGCUUGUGCUGCACCGGAGGUCCACUGUCACAUCAGGCAUCGAUGGCAUUGGCCAGUGUACCUUUGGAUACCCAACCUCUGCACCUGCAGCUUAUAUGAGGAUUGCAGCAUGUGCAAAGGCGUAUUCAGUGGCCUUCACAAACAAGAAGUUGUUCACGGUACUUUAUAUGGUUAGCUUUGUGGCAAAUGAAUUCGGAAGAUGUAUUUCCAGCCUGAUGGACUGCCCUUCGACUUUUGGAGACGUAUUAGUCCAUGUUUCUUCGAGAGCCAGCAACACAGCGACCUUGCUAGUCCUCUCACACCUUUACAGAAGGGACUACACAAUUUUCCUUCUCCUUCUGGAACUUGAUGUUGUUAGCCAUUGGUUCAGAAUUUACUGUGACGUUUUUAGCAGGAGGUGCCACUGUCACCACUUGAAGUAUUUCCAUAAUUCUCUCUAUGGUCACCCUCUUUUCCGGCUAUUUUGCUCAUUAAGUCAGGAAGUCAUGUACAUGAUGCUCUAUCUGGUGUCUUUGGAUUGGAUGGAGCACGGGCUGCCAGUCAAACUUAGCAUCAGGAGUCUGAGCAGAUUAAGGCAUCCAAAAUAUUUUAAGAUAUUGGUCAUGGCUGCUCCAGGAUUCGUACUGCAGCAAUUCACAACUCUUAAUGAGAUUUGGCUUGCAUUGGACAUGUGUGUAAAGUUUGACCAUGAAAGGUUCUGCCCCAAGGCAGUGUGCACCAAGGAACAACAUGUCCAUUGUCCCGCCGAGACAUCAAAGCCAGUUUUAAGAAGGCUCUCGAGAAGUGUUCCUCGAACAUCGAAUAGAUCCAAAAGCAGGCUCCAUGUCGAUCAUCACCACCGUGGGCACUCCUGAGAACAGCGUACUAAGUAGACAUGAAGAAAAAAUAUAAAAUGCUUUGCUGAUCUCGGUAAUUUUAUUCUCAUGUUUUAGUUGAAUGUACCAGUUUUACCCAUAAAUCUGGUACGAAAUACAUGAUGCAGAUGAAAGUUCUUCAUGAGUAUUCAAUGUUGGACUAUAUUGGCACGAGGUCAGAGACAUAACAAUUUGUUGACAAAUUUGUUACUCACUGUUUCCACCCUCAAAUCCUGGUUCAAAUAUAUCCUGGCUCUCUGUGUAGUGGGCUGUCCGUGAACCUAAAUUAGGUUUGGACUAUUUACAUUGUAGUUAUUUCUUAACUGGAUACUUUAACCAUGCCUUUGAGAGGCAAGGAUAUAUUCAUAACCUUAA